GUGACGGCGCCGUGGGAAAACCGGCGUUUCUGUUCGAGCCAGGAGGAGACGUGGUGGGUGCAGGAAGCUGGUGGUCAGCGGCGCAGAGUUUGGACGAAUUGCUGUGUGUCCUCCUCCCCCCUUACCCCGGGACGGUUUGUCGCGCUCCUUUCCCCCACCCCGGGGCUCGAGCCGCUUAACAUGAAGCUGACGCUGGGCCGUGCCGUUGUCCUGGUGACUGUGGCCGGGCUCAGCAUCUGGAUGUUCCGCGCGUGGCUAAGCAGCAAAGAGCACGUGUUCAACAAGGAAGACCUGAGCAGGCUGGCUCGGCAGUACUCGGGUCUUAAUCAUGAGCAAGCAUUCACAAAGAUUGUGGUCGAGUUAAGGAAAAGGUACCCUGGUCACAUACUUCCAGAUGAGGACCUGCAGUGGAUCUUCGUAAAUGCUGGUGGCUGGAUGGGUUCUAUGUGUCUCUUGCAUGCGUCGCUAACUGAAUAUGUGCUACUUUUCGGAACAGCAGUGGACACGGGAGGACACUCAGGUCGAUAUUGGGCUGAAGUGACUGACACUAUUAUCUCAGGAACUUUUCAGCAGUGGAAAGAAGGGACAACUAAAAGUGAAAUAUUUUACCCAGGUGACACUAUUGUCCAUCCCAUAGGUGAAGCCACAUCUGUUCGCUGGAGUGCUGGAACAUGGAUGGUUGAAUAUGGUAGAGGUUUCAUUCCUUCCAUGUUGGGGUUUGCAUUGUCCGACACAAUCUUCAGCACACAGGAUUUUCUUACGCUUUAUUAUACAAUAUCUGUCUACACAAAAGCACUUAUAUUGGAAGCCAAUACAUACCUCACAACAGCUAGAUUCUUUUGAUACUGGGUAGAGACCCGUUUUGUAAUGUAUACAUUUUAUUGGUCUCUUUUUGACGUUGGUUUGCAUCAUCUACUGUUUGAAAAUUCACUUGUGUUCAUCAAAUCUAGAAAAUUUGCUUGUUAUUUGUAUGCUACCUUUUUUUGAUAAAAUUCCAACCUUUUUAUGUGCUGUAUGUUGAGCAACACUUAAAGCAUUGUGUAAAAUUUCAAAUCAGAAGUAUAGAUUUGUUUGCAUAAUCUCACAUGUCAGUUUGGAUAUCAAUGUUUUGCUGCAUCUUUUAGAACUAGUUUUGAUGGUAAAUUGAGAAGUGCAGGAUUGUGAACAUGUUGUUUAUAACCGCUGUUGUGAAUCUUUAGCAUGUUUCUGUAUCUAAACUACUAAACCUGAUGGUAAAAGACCUUUCUUAGAUUUGGUUGGUUACCUCAAUAUUAAGUCCUGUAAAUCCAGACUAUUGAAUCAAACAGAUUUAUACACUUAUAAUGAGAUUAAAUUGUUAAUAGGGUUUAAUUCUUAAUUUUCUGCCAUAAAUUGUACACAAAUUCAUUCAUGGUGUCAAUAUUUUCUAUAUUAUUUGAGUAUUUCAAUAUUUUUCUAAUCUGAACCAAUAUGACAAGUGGAAUUGUGAUAAGAUACAAUGUAGAUGUGUUGAAAUACAAAAAAAGACCACUCGUUAGUUUAAUCAGUGCAAUACUAAUGGGUGUUGUAGGUAUUUUGAGAUUUCAGAAUCCUAAACUGGUUCGGCUGCAGUCCUCCUGUUGGCCCUAGCUGUCAAUAGCUUCCCACAUUUUCAUCUAAAACUUACUUUUCCCCUCUCCACUUCAAGCACUGUCCAGCACAAAGGCAAUAAGAAUGCCUAUUUCCCUGUGCAACCUCCAAUUGCCUUGGAUUUUGAUGACAAGACAAUCACUUCACGACAAUUUCACAAACAUUUUGGUCACCAAUAGCAAGCAAUGUGUCAGAGACAUAAUGGGAACUUCAGAUGCUGGAGAAUCCAAGAUAACAAAGUAUAGGGCUGGAUGAACACAGCAGGCCAAGCAGCAUCUCAGGAGCACAAAAGCUGACGUUUUGGG